CCUGUUCUGCAGUAUUCCCUGCGUUCAGCAUCUGUGGAGUCUGGCCUCACGUUACCUGCGCAAAGCUCCAGCUGUCAUUUUUGUUCUGCACAAAAUUCACGCCCCACCGUAGAGCAGUAUGAAUGACUGCAGGUUUCCCAUUUCUAUUUACUAGAAUGAAAACCUGCCAUCACUGACUCUGGACUGACACUCCUUUUCUACCAUUCAGCCAUGCAAAGCGAUGUCAUUACUACAGAGGAGGUGGAGUAUGGAUUUCCACACAAACGCAGGAGAGUUGCCACCAUGAUCUCAGACAGCACAAUGGGAAUUCAAGAUGAUGGAUAUGAAGAGGCUAACAAUGCAGAGUUUGACUAUGAAGUAGAGUAUGAGUGUGCUAGCGUUAUUUCGGAGGCCUCUUAUUCUGGAGAUCAACCAACACUCACAGAUGUCCUCAACUAUUGUCAGGCAAUGUAUGACAUAGUCCAUAAACUGGAUAAGAAGAUGGAUUUACUCCAGAGGAAAGUGUCCGAGAUGCACCAGUCUCGGCUCAAACCCCACUUCAAACCUAGGCCAGUCAGCUUUCCACACAGCAAAGGUAGUCAUGCUGUACCUCAAGGGAAAAUGAGAUUACAGAAACUAAACCAAAGAGUUCCCAGCUCACAGAUGCCACACCUCCUACGAAGCACUCAGAACCAUACAUUAAAACCUGAAGAGGGGAGAAAUCUGCACCUCAAAAGCACUGCCACAUUUAAAAGUACUCCUUCAAUACCACUACCAGCAGAACCUCAUCAGACUAUUCAAAGAUUAAGUCCUCCUCUGCCAACCAUUGUGUCUACCCAUUCCUUGCAGUCCAUCAUUACUGUGACAGAUGAAGACCACAAAGAUUUAAAGAUUGAGAUAUUGCCUGAAAGCACUUGUGCUUCACCACCAAUACUCGGUGCACCCCUCGCAACUUCAUCAGUUUGUUCAAAGACAGCAGGAGAAAACAUUAAGAAAAUUGAGACAUUCUUGGGGCCCUGUGUACCAGUGCAAAGAAAUAUAAUUACCAGUGAGGAACUGCCAUCAUCUUCUGUUCAACCUGUUCCCAUAUAUGAGUAUCUUGGAGACCCAAGCAGGAAUAUUAAAGUUCCAGGAAGCUUUUUGGUGAAAGCAAGACAGAAGACACAGCCCAAGUAUGCUGCCCGUUACUUAGUCCGUGCUUUGUUCACUAAAGAGGCAUUAUUGGGCAGUGCUACAGGAACGAAUGUGCAAGGAUUGAUGGCACUCGAUAUGAACAAAGUUUCAGCAAUUAGAGAGUUCUUAGUAUCUGUAUUCCCUGAAUGUGAUCUUAGUGAAUAUGGAAAAGACUGGAAAACAUGUACCACGAAUGUUAAUGCUAUGAUUCGUUGUUUACAUUUGGAAAUGAAAAAAAGCACAGCAAACCUUUAUCCUAGCCAAGUUCCUUCUCAAGCCCCUGAUGAUUCCAUUUGCUUAGACUCUGAUGAUGCUGCAGAGGAGUGCAAUGAGGUGGAAGGCCCAGAAGAUAGUGUACAGAAGACUCAGUCUGGACAUGCUAAUCCAUUACAAAGACCGAAGGAUAACAAGGAAUCUGUAAAUUUGGCACUUGGAGCCUCAAUAAAACAGAUGUCUUCAGAUCCUAUAGAGCAUUUUGGAGAACCCUGGAGGAAUGUGCAGUUACCGUUCUCCGUUAUAUACAUAGGCAAAGGAAAGCCCCGCCCAGAGCUCUCUGCUAGGUAUUUGAUUAGACAUCUCUUCCCAGAGGAUGUUCUUGUGAAGAGCAAUGUGUAUGGGAACCUGGAGCGUGGUGUUCUGCCUUUAGAUACAAACAGGAUUGGUGCAUUAAGAGACUUUCUACAGAUGAAUUACCCAACAUUUGAUUUAAAGGAAUGUGGCCAUGACUGGAAAGCGUGUGUGGCCGCAAUAAACAGCACCAUCCGCAGCCUUCGCCAUGAUCAGAAAAAAGCAACAAUGCAAACUCGAAAGAAAACCUCUCUUGGUAGCUAGUUACCAUGGGUACAGUAAUUGUGACAGUCUGUUAAAAACCAUCUGAUGCCGACACAGUCAUGUUUUAAUUGCUUUUCACAAAAAUCUUGUCGGUAUCAGGAUGUGCCUUUGUCUACUGAAGAGUUUUUUUCCUACUGAAUCCGAUUCACUGACUACGUACUUUGAAAUACAAUCCAGUUCAGAAAACUCAACUCCACACUUAUUUUUUUGUUUUGUUUCUCAACCUCUGUCCCAAAGGCUUGCAAUCGUUAUCAGCUCGGCUAUUAAUGAUAUUUCUUCUAUAGCUUUUUUAUAUUUUACACACCAUUGUUCCAACUUAAAAAAGCAACAACUUUUUUUCCCUGUGAAUUCCUUUCUUAUUUCAGAAUUGGAUGCAGUUACUCUAUUUUAUAAAAAAGAAAAUAACCCCUUAGGAUGCUCUAUAUGGCUAUACUUUUAGAUAGAUUAUUUUCUUCUGUCUGCCUCACUGAAUACAAAAUAUGACUAGGAUACACACUGAAUAUAGUGCAUCCAUAUUUACAGACAAGCACAAGUGUGUACAUUGUUAAUUUUAUAAAUAUGACAGCACUGUUAAUAGUGUGAUAACAUACUAUACAUGAUAUUGUUUUAAUUGAUGAGUAGUAGUAGUGAUAUAACUGCAGACUAGUGCUAUUAUUAGAGUGGGACCGGCAAUAAAAAUGUUGGAGGCAUGUUACACUCAUGCCUUUGACCCUCCCCCCCAAAGUGCAAAGAGAUGGAAUUUGGGGUUCAAGAUAUAGGAUAGGUAUUUUGGGGUGCUUUGAGUAGGACAAGUAUUUUUAGGCUUGCAAGUGGGAGUAGUCUGUAUGUUUACACUUUUUUUUUUUUAAAGUCCCAUAAAAUGACCCAAGUGUAUAUUUAUACCUAUUUUUAUGUACCCCGAAUUCAAUCUGAGAACUUAUUUUGAGGAAAAAAAUGGCUUUUAUAAUAUUUUUCCUUCUUUAAAAAAAAAUGCAUUUAACAGCCAUUUGACCCAAUUUAAGUACCAAAAUAUAUUUAAUAUGAACGAUAAUACACUUCUAUAAUGUUGUCCUAUGUAGUUUGGCAUUUUUUGAAAUACAGGGUAAUUUCCCCAUUUUCACCCUGAUUUUUCAUCCACUGAUCUUUAGCCAAUGUUAAAGUCACACCUUCACGUAAUUGUUAGAUUUAUGACACAUUAUAAAAGCAUUUCAUAUACUAAACUCUUAUAGCUGUUUUGGUAAUGAGUGAAUGUGUGGAAGCCGUUUAAAAUAAAUAUUUGUUAUUUGUGUACAGGGCACAUUAGCAAAUUAUAGUUCUGUAUUUACUGUUUCAGGAAUACUGCAGGGAUUUUUCAUAUAUUUUUUUUCGUUUGUAUAAUGUAGGCCACCAAUCUUGGGAUUAUUUAACAAAUGUGAAUUUUUUUAAAAUAUUUUUAAAUACAUUUUAAGAUGAAAUAAACAAAACCAGUUAUUUUUUUGUAGGUAGAUACUGUAGUCUCCCAAGUGAAAUCGACUUAAGUAGAACCCCUGUGAUCAGUAUCACAUGAUGAAAACAGCGCUGCAGGCCCUUGGUGAUUCUUUCCUGUGAUCCAGUCUUGACAGAUAGGUGUGUUUCGAUUUUAUCAGCUUGCUACAUGUCCGCCUUCAGUUUUAAAACGUGGGAGCAAAUAUUUUGCUUUAAUCAGCAGGCAGAAAAAUAGUUAUGGCAUUCUUUUGCUGCAACCGUUAGACAUGGCUGUCAGUAACAGCCACAGGAUCCGGAACAACCGUUACAAAUAGUCUUAUUUUGUUCUUCCCCCCCAAUCACGUGUUGAAAAUGAAUGCUACAUUCUGCCUCCUCAUUUGAUGGAACCAAUAGAAGUUAGGGGUAGGUAAUAUGUGACACUACAACAGCUGUGGAGCUGUACAUCCCAGCAUGCCCUGGCACAGUUUUAGCAUGCCCUAACAGAGCAAUUCAAGUGUUGCUCUAUUCGAGAGCGCACAGCCGCCGGUGCUGACAUUACUGUUAUGAUGUUCCGUCAUUUUGACGGGCUGGUAACUAGUCUAGGAGAAUGGCCUACUAUCUCAGGAGUACAGAAGGACUAUCCAGAAGUACAGUAGACCAUGUGUGUACAUUUGGUAGAAUAGACUAGUGUGACUGUGGUUAAUACGUUUGUAAAAAUGCAGCAUUCGACCAUUGAAUUUGCAAUGUGAAUUUGGUGUACAAAUAGAUGAAUACAUUAUAUAUUAUGGAAAUGUUUUAUAUGUUUGUAUAUUUUUGUAUCUGUUUAAGCAUUUAAGUGUUAGUGAAUAACACAUUACUUAAGUAUUUUGCUAAGGAAAAUCUAAGUUUGUGUAAACCCAGUCCAAGAGUUUUGCAAGGCACCUGCAUCACUUCCUAGUACGGGACUUUUUUUUUUUUUGUCUACUUGCAGACACAGCAAAAUGCAAAGUUCAGCAAAAUCACUGAUCACAAGACACACACACAAGUCAAUUUACAGACUUGCUGCAGAGCUGAAAACGCACUCACUGCUGCCACGCUGAGAAUAGAAUAGGCGAGAGUGGUAGGAUCUAAGAGUAGGUGGCAACCCGCAAAACCAAUUCAUAGAUCAAACUUAUAGGUAAAUCGGUCAGUUUAGGCUUUUUAAUACUGUUUGUUAUCUGUAACUGAAUAAAUAAAGUCUUUUAACCUCUUAACUGACUAUUUUUCUCUUCAAAACGGUUGAUCAAUUAUUAAUAUUUUUUAAUUUUAUUUAAUAUAGUUUCAGAAUAUUAUGCACAUCUGCAGAACAAAUCUCAUCAAAAACUGGGGGACACAGUGGGGCUGUGCGGUCACAUGUGAUCCGACCAUGCCAGUUAAUUGGUUCAAUAUUAAAUACUGAGGUCUAAAUUUAAUUGAACUUAAGUUUUGUUCCUAGCUUGUUAAUCUUCUGAACCUUCGGUGUGCCACUUGAUACAGUUCCACGUGUGACAUUUGGAACGUGUGCCGGGCUUUGCGGGACCCUGAGAUAGAAUGGUUAAUGAAGAACCUAGUUCUGUCUGCAUCUAAUACAGAAUCACUUCAACAAAAACCUGCCACGCUGUCUUUAGCAAAUGAUAAGCGAUAACUGGUGUUCUACUUGAGCAGCUUUAGAAUUAAAGCCAGUACAAAUCUGCCCACAGGCUUCCCUAUUGCCACACUUGGGUCUCCCCCACGUACGGUCAAGUCGUGUAGUAUUUAUAUCACCGUAGCUAACAUACUUCCUACCAUUUGACCGUUAACGUCUGGGCCUUCUCCCACACUAUAGGCUUAUGCAAAGGUGUGCUUUGUGUUUUAGGUUUAGUGGCACUUUAUAUGUAGUAAAACCCAAUGUAUGUUUAGAAUUCCAGUUUAAAAGUAACAUCAAGUACAAUUUUAUGUUUUAAGUAACUAGUUCCUUAUUAUUAUUUGAAAGAAUUGUAUCAUAUUCUUUGUUGGACUGUGUUGUGUUUGUGUAUAUACAAUUUUUGUUUUAAAACAAAAUGUUUCAUUGUACUGUUAUACUGAACGAAAGAUAUGCCCAGUGGAAAUUAAUUUAACAAUAAAGUAUCUUAUCAAAUCUUACAUUUUUUUAAUGCUGCUGUAAUAUUUUGACGUUAUUGAGUAUAUAAUUUGGAUGUGGUCUGUGUCCUCUGUGAUGCAGUAUAACACCUUGUUCAUUAAAAUAUGAUAAGAGUGUCUAACCAUUAUAAUUGGUACAGUAUGGAAAUAAAAAAUGUGACCUUUGCAAA